CUACAAGCAGCUGCAUACGGGGAAAACGAAUCGGUUGUGCGGCUUCUCCUCGAGCGUGGGGCAGAGGUGAAUGCUCAGGGUGGCAGGUAUCGCAAUGCACUG